UCAGAAACUCGUAUGAAUCUCCUCGACCCCUACCUGAAGAUGACGGAGGAACAAGACAAGUGUUUAUCUGAUGCACCGAGCCCGAGCAUGUCGGAGGACUCCGCGGGCUCUCCGUGCCCGUCCGGUUCGGGCUCGGACACCGAGAACACCCGGCCGUCGGAGAAUGGGCUGCUCCUGGCGGGGGGCGCCCUGAGCGACUUCAAGAAGGAUGAGGACGAGAAGUUCCCCGCGUGCAUCCGCGAGGCCGUGUCCCAGGUGCUGAAGGGCUACGACUGGACCUUGGUACCGAUGCCCGUGCGCGUUAACGGAUCUUCGAAGAACAAGCCUCACGUGAAGAGGCCGAUGAACGCCUUCAUGGUGUGGGCUCAGGCUGCCCGGAGGAAGCUGGCGGACCAGUACCCCCACCUCCACAACGCGGAGCUCAGCAAGACGUUGGGCAAACUCUGGAGACUUCUCAAUGAAGGGGAGAAGAGGCCGUUUGUGGAGGAGGCUGAGAGGCUCCGCGUGCAGCACAAGAAGGAUCACCCUGACUACAAGUACCAGCCAAGACGGAGGAAGUCUGUGAAGAACGGCCAGAGCGAGUCGGAGGAAGGCAGCGAGCACACGCACAUUUCCACCAGCGCCAUCUUUAAAGCUCUGCAGCAGGCGGACUCUCCGGCGUCCAGCAUGGGGGAGGUGCCCUCCCCGGGGGAGCACUCAGGCUCACAGGGUCCCCCUACCCCUCCCACCACCCCAAAGACUGAUGUCAGUCCAGGUAAAUCGGACCUGAAGCGGGAGGUGGGUCUCCGCCCUCUGCCAGAUGGCACCACUGGACGCCAGCUCAACAUCGACUUCCGUGACGUGGACAUCGGCGAGCUGAGCAGCGACGUCAUCUCUCACAUUGAAACGUUUGACGUCAAUGAGUUUGACCAGUAUCUGCCCCCCAACGGCCACCCUGGCCCCAUCAGCGGCCCAGGCAACAGCACCCCCAUCAGCUACACAGGCAGCUACAGCAUCAGCAGCGGGACCUCGCUCAGCCCACAGGCAGGAGGGGGCUCAACCUGGAUGGCUAAAAGCCAGAACCAGCAGGGACAGCAGCACACCCUGACCACCCUGGGGGCCAGUGGGGGCUCAGAGGGGGCUCAGAACCAGAACAGGACCCAAAUCAAGACAGAGCAGCUGAGCCCGAGUCACUACAGCGACCCACAGGGAUCCCCCCAACACUACAGCCCCUUCAACCUGCAGCACUACAGCCCCCCCUCCUCAUCCUACCCGGCCAUGUCCAGGGCACAGCAGUACAACUACUCCGAGCAGCAGGGAGGUGGCACCGCUUCCUACUACAGCCACGCCGGGGUGGGCCAAGGCUCAGGCUUGUACUCGACUUUCAGCUAUAUGAGUAGCCCCAGCCAGAGGCCCAUGUACACCCCCGUAGCUGACGCCACCAGGGGGACGUCUAUCCCGCUGAGCAGCCCCCAACACUGGGAGCAGGCUCCAGUUUACACUCAGCUCACCCGACCCUGA